AUAUAACCUGUAUAAUCCAAUAAACACGGAAAUUUAAUGACCAGUUAUUGAAGGAUGAGUGAAAAAGUUAUUUUGGUAACCGGUGGUACCGGUCUCGUCGGCAAAGCCAUAGAGAAAAUCGUCGAAAGCGAGAAAAGACCCGACGAAAAAUGGAUCUUCGUCGGCUCCAAGGACGCAAACCUCUGUGAUAAGGAAAGUACUAUUGCCCUUUUCAACGAGCACAAACCAACGCACGUGAUUCAUCUGGCAGCUAUGGUUGGCGGUCUUUUCCAUAAUAUGUCCCACAAUCUAGAUUUCUUGCGUAACAAUAUUAUGAUCAACGACAACGUUCUCCAAACUGCUCAUCAGACGAAUGUCGUGAAAGUGGUAUCUUGUUUGUCCACGUGUAUAUUCCCGGAUAAAAUCGAAUAUCCUAUCUACGAGAACCAGAUGCACCAGGGACCUCCGCACCCCUCGAAUUAUGGCUACAGUUAUGCAAAGAGAUUAAUAGACAUCGCCAAUCAUGGAUACCACGAUCAGUACGGGAGAAUGUACACCAGUGUCAUCCCCUGCAAUGUAUUCGGGCCCCAUGACAAUUUUAAUAUGGAGUCUGGUCACGUCAUUCCAGGACUUAUCCACAGGCUGUAUGAUGUCGUCAAAGAUGGGAGCACCGAGGACCAAGUGUUCACAGUCCUGGGGACAGGACAGCCCCUCCGACAGUUCAUCUACAGUCCAGACCUGGCAAAAUUAAUAAUUUGGGUCCUCCGAAAUUACAACUCCGUCGAGCCUAUCACCUUAUCAGUGGACGAGACCCAGGAGGUGACCAUCGGUCACGUCGCCGAGACCAUCGCCAAAGCCUUCAAUUUCCGGGGUAAAAUCGUCUUCGACACAUCAGCCGCUGAUGGCCAGUACAAAAAAACCGCGACCAACAAGAAGCUCCGAAGUCACCUCCCGGAUUUCGAGUUCACACCCUUCGAGGACGCCAUAAAAGAAACGGUCACCUGGUACCAGGAGAACUACCACCACGCAAGAAACUGAGACCCAUUAUCCCAAUUAUCACGAGCUACUCAAGCUAAUUAACCACCAAGGGGAGAGGAAGGAAAAGGGAGGGAAUUAAUAAUUGUACAGAAACUGGGUUGCCCUGUGAUUAAGAGACCAAGAAAAUUGUUCUGCAUGAACCUGGAAUAAACAUGCGAUAUUUUCCA